GAGUUGGUUGUCGGUGGUCAUCGGUAGAUGGAUGUACUGCUGAAUUUGUUGUCGCUUGCUCUGAUCUGUCAGGCUACUGACUGGAUAAUUAUAAACUUUGUAAAACUUAUUCAAGUGAUUCAAAAUGGUUGUGAGGCAAUAUCAGGAGGAGCUGAACUAUUUGGAGAAAAUUAAUGAAUGUUGUUGGAGGAUUAAGAAAGGUUUCCAACCUAAUAUGAAGGUUGAAGGAGUUUUCUAUGUGAAUAAUACAUUGGAACGUUUGAUGUUUGAUGAAUUGCGCAAUGCAUGUCGGCCUGGUGCAAUUGGAGGUUUUCUUCCCGGAAUGAAACAGAUCGCUAACGUCGCUGCGCUACCUGGGAUUGUAUGGAGAUCUGUGGGAUUACCAGACGUGCAUUCUGGAUAUGGUUUCGCUAUUGGUAAUAUGGCAGCGUUCGAUAUGGAUGAUCCAAAGUCGAUUGUAUCACCUGGUGGUGUGGGCUUUGAUAUAAAUUGCGGGGUCCGUUUACUGCGAACGAAUUUAUUCGAGGAUGACGUCCUACCAGUGAAAGAGCAACUUGCACAAAGCAUGUUCGAUCACAUUCCAGUCGGCGUUGGUUCCAAGGGAAUCAUACCGAUGAACGCGCGGGAUUUAGAAGAAGCGUUAGAAAUGGGCAUGGAUUGGUCUUUGAGGGAAGGCUAUAUUUGGGCUGAGGAUAAGGAGCACUGUGAGGAAUACGGGAGAAUGCUGAAUGCUGACCCGUCAAAGGUGUCAAUGAGGGCUAAGAAACGUGGACUUCCUCAGUUAGGUACGUUAGGCGCCGGAAACCAUUAUGCAGAGAUUCAAGUAGUGGACGAAAUCUAUGACAAGUGGGCCGCUUGUAAAAUGGGCAUCGAGGAAAAAGGCCAGAUCUGCGUCAUGAUCCAUUCUGGAAGCAGAGGAUUCGGUCAUCAAGUCGCUACUGACGCACUUGUGCAAAUGGAAAAAGCUAUGAAACGUGACAACAUAGAAACCAACGACAGGCAGCUUGCUUGUGCCCAUAUUAAAUCUCAGGAAGGCCAGGAUUACUUAAAAUCGAUGGCAGCUGCUGCCAAUUUUGCAUGGGUGAACAGGAGUUCCAUGACGUUCCUUAGCCGACAGGCAUUUGCGAAACAAUUCAACUCGUCUCCCGAUGAUUUGGACAUGCACGUUAUAUACGAUGUCUCGCAUAAUAUCGCCAAGAUAGAAGAGCACAUUGUCGAGGGAAAGCAAAAAACACUCUUAGUACAUAGAAAAGGAUCAACGAGAGCUUUUCCGCCUCAUCAUCCUUUGAUACCCGUGGAUUACCAAUUAACAGGUCAACCAGUUUUAAUCGGUGGUACGAUGGGGACGUGCAGUUAUGUUCUUACUGGUACGGAGCAGGGUAUGAAGGAAACGUUUGGAUCAACCUGUCACGGUGCCGGUCGCGCUCUCUCGAGAGCGAAGUCACGUAGAAACUUGGAUUACAAGCAGGUUCUCGAGAAAUUAGAAGAGUUGGGCAUAUCAAUCCGAGUUGCGUCGCCGAAAUUGGUCAUGGAAGAAGCACCGGAAUCCUAUAAAAAUGUAACAGACGUCGUCAAUACCUGUCACGCGGCUGGAAUCUCCAAGAAAUGCAUUAAGCUACGUCCAAUUGCUGUAAUUAAAGGAUAAUGUUUCCGAGAAGAACGUUUGAUUGCUCUCCGAACGACGAUUACGGAUAUGUUUGCCAAACGAUAUUUAUUAAAUUCAAGUAUUGGCAGAAAUCUUGGCCAAGAAAGCUCACAUGUAUGAGACUAUUUAUGUAACAUUGCAUUUUAUAUAACUUGUAUAUUCUGCGAUAUGAGAUCAUGUAAAUGUUAAUAUCUUCUUUCUUGUUCUUACUUAAUAAUAAGAUUAAGUAAUGUAAGUUUGCUGUAAAAUAUCUCAUUAUAUCAUUAAAAUUACAUUGUAAGUUUUCACACAAAUGUUGAAAAUGCAAUGAUUGAAAUAAAACUGAUAUUAUUUACAAA